AUGGCCUCCGGUGGUGAUAAUUAUGACAAAUAUUCCCAACUUUUGAAAUGUAUUAAAUAUGUAAACCCAACCAAGAAGGCGGGCGAGGUUCAGGAACUUGCCGCGGCCGAAUGGAAGUUGCUGAAGGAUGACGAUUCGGCCUUUAGCAGGCGGAUUCUUCAGUUAAAAACAGAGCAGACGUUCCGAUUUGAUGAAAAUGGAAACUGCUCUCUGUUCUGUGACACCGGGUCAGAUACAGGAGGAACACUGGAGUAUGGAAGCAAAGUAUUUGAUAAAAAUGGAAACUGCUCUCUGUUCUGUGACAUCGGGUCCGAUACAGGAGGCACACCGGGACAUGGAAGCAAAGUGUACAUCACUAACAUAAGUAAAGUCGACUGCGGAGUUCUUGAAGUAAAGAAUGGUUCCCUGGUGUCCACCUCCACCUUUGUCGGCAAUCGAGGAACAAUCAAGUGCGACGAACUUUUCCAGUUCUUUGGCAACAACGAUUCAGCGGUAUGUCAAUCAUCUAGAAUGUGGGCAGGACCCGAUGGGCAGUGUCUACAGGUGGAAUGGAGAAAUCAGACUCUUCCGGACGGUGUCGGACAUUAUCUGGCAGUGCUUCCUGAACCAAUACGUGAUGGCUGGGAAACGGUUUUCAAUGGCAUACCAGAGACAAACAAUCAAUUCCAUGUGGAUAUCCGAGACUCGUCAGAUCUUUAUGUAGUAUUUAGUUCGAGGUUACGUAAUCAAAACCUGGUUUUCAACAGUAGGUUUUCUCUUAUAUGGGAAAAAGGAAGCGGUGAAUUUAUCAGACCUGACAUUUUUCCAUUUCAAGUUGGUGUUCUCUUCGAGCUAAGGAUAGCCUACCACAACGGGACGUUUAUGUUUUUUGCCAACGGUGGUUUCAUUUACAACUACACUGCGACGCACCCAGUGGUGAUGGCGUCUGGAGUAUAUAUUGCUUUAGACAUUUUUAUUGAAAGACUAAAAUUUAUAUAUUGAAUAGUCCACACCUUCUAUUGCUAAAUGUUGUUUGUAAGCAGCUCCGAACAAGAGAAAGGACUCGGUAUGUUGUAGCAAUCAAAACGACUCCAGAAAUACAUUUUACCUAGGCCAGUUAAAGCCUAAUAGAUAGAGGAUACUCACCUCGUGUCUUGUGAUAUCAUAAUUUAUCAGCACUCGUUGAUAAAAGUAUGAAAUCCGACACUUGCCGAGGAUUUUUUAUGCUUUUAUGAACGAGUGUUGUUAAAUUAUAUCACAAGACACGAGGGGAUAUUCUUUUUAUCAUUAUUUUCAUUUGCGACAAUUGUAAACAAUGUCAAUAAUGUAGGUUGAAUGUCACUAUAUUUGGCAGCGGUAGACUCGUUAGCUCAUUCAUUCAUGUAUUUAUUCACAUGCUUCCAUACCACGAAGGUUUCAAGCAUGUCUGUCCCGGGGUCGAGUUCUGGAUAGCCAGAGGUCUACUCCGGGACAGAAAAUUUUACGGGAUAAUUUUGAAUUUUACUCAAAAAUAAAAAAUAUAUAUAGGGGGACAAAUUUAACUAUAUAUAAAAGAAAAGAAAAAAAAUUUGAAGGUGUAUUCCAAAAAUUUAUUUAAAAACUAUUAUUAUAUCCAAAAUUUUCCUACACUAAUACAUUUUUCACCAUUUUAAAUGGGCGUUCUAAAUUAAAAUAAUACAACAAACUCUAAGCCCUAUCUGGAACGAGGUUGGAGGUUGUUGAUUGAAGGUUGUCACAGGAGGUUGAUAUUAAAAUAUAAUACUAACAGUAAUUUACCUUUAUGGGGAGAUACCGAGUCCAUUUGAGCUUCAGCGUGGGGGGGGGGGGGGGGGGGGGGGGUGACCAGGGAGAGCGAGGGACGGGGGAAGGCCCCAGACAAUCCUAUAUCUCCCUAAAUCCAAAACGCCUACGCCUAAGCGUCUAACCCCUAAUGUGUUUGGCGUUUUUUAAUUUUUUAAUUGUUAAGGACAAGCCGGCGAAGGAUGGAGUGCAUUAUUGCCAGAUAAUGGACCCCAGCCUAUACAAACCUGAAGCUGACCAAACUAAACUAAAUAAACAUACAUUCACACAUCCAUACAAACUAACAUUUAAAAAUAAUUAAAUAAAAUUUAAAACUGUUAAAACAAGCCGAGAGAAAAUUCUUUAAAAGCGGAUAGAGCGCGAAGCGUUAUAAUCCGCGGACGGCGAAAGACAGCCCUCAGAGGUGAGAAAGCGUGCUAGAACAAAAGCAACUAACGCCAAAGAUGACGCAAACAGUCAAUACAGGCAAAAAUAACCAACCAACAAGCGUAAUUUGAGCUACACCAAUAAUGCCAGCAGCCCCAAUAAAAAUGGAGCCAACUGUACAAAAAAGUAUAGGAUCCAGUAUAUGGGUCCGGACACGACUGAGGAGGACAAACCAUAAACAACAGCCGCGCCCGGCCCCAACAUACGUCUUAACCUUACGUAGAAGAUCCAAAAAUUAAUUAGCAACAAAAACACUGGUUAGUUGGAACAGCAAUACAAAGCAGAAAAAUAGUAAAUUUUAAUCACAACAUAUGUGCCCUAGAUUGAUAAACGAAGGCCACCAGAAGUCUAUCAAUUACUGCUUUAUAACUGUCUAAAGGAUUUAAAAUAUUAUAGGAAUUAAAGAUAAUAUUUUUUGAUUUGAAAAAGUCUUCCAGUUUCUGUCCAAUUAAUUUAUACUUGGUACACUCAAUCAAAAAAUGAUUAACAUUAUCAAUUUUAUUGCAUACCAAGCAGUUGGGUGUAUUGGAUGUCCUGACUUUAAAUUUAGUAUCAUUUAAACCAUAAGAUACACCCAUUCUUAAUCUUGCAAUAAUUUUAGUAGCUUUUACAUUAAAUGAAACUGGACCAGGAGUAGUGACCUUCGGUUUAAUAUAGGAGUGCCACACUCUGGUAUGGUGAUCCCAUUCUAACUGCCACAACUUACCAAAGUGUGGCUCUGCCAGGGAACAUAUCUCAGCGUAGUUGUAACUAGUCGUCACCCCGACCUUGACCUCCUGGAGAGACAUUUUGGCAUUUUCAUCAGCCAGCUCAUUACCGGCUAUCCCCACAUGGGCUGGGACCCAUUCGAGGGUGACCUUUACUCCAAUGGCUACUAACUUGUUUGAAAAUUUAUAAAUUUGUUUAACUAUUUCCGGUCUGACGCCAUUAGAGCCUGAUAUUGCCUGUAAGGAGCUAAGACUGUCCGAGAAAAUCACGUAUCUAUCAGGGCUAUGAUUUCAAUGGCAAUUUUCAAUCCACAUCAACGCACAGAGAAUGGCCAUUAAUUCUGAAGUAUAGACAGAGAUGUUAUCCGUGAGUCUAGCCCUAACAGCCACGGGUCUGUCCUGAAUAUCUUUAUUAUAAAUAACAAAGGCCACCCCUGUCCUGCCUGUAGCUGGAUCCUUGGACCCAUCUGUAUACACAUGUAUAGCAUCCGGGUACAAGUCCCCAACCACAGCGGAAAAAAGAAUUUUUUUAAUAUUAUCAUUUUUAACUUGUAUAAUUUCUUUGCGGAUGUGGUAGCCGACCACGGGGGUACCGAUCUGCCAAGGGAACUCAAAGUUCAGAUUGGCACGACUGAUUGGCAGACCCGCAAUCCCGAAAUCAACUGCAAACUUAUACAAAUAUGAAAUAAUAGAUACGUGUUUAUCUCUAACAGAAGCUAUUUGAAUAGGUUUAAUUUUAUUUAUGGGAGAAUCAGGGACCACACCCAAUUCAGCCAAGACACUCUCAUAUGGGGUACAUACGGUCCCUCCUACUAUAAUUUUGAGGGUUCUACAGUAGAUCCCAUCAAGUUUCUUAAGCUGAUUAUCAGUGGCACACCCAAAGGCAAGGGCCCCAUAUUGGAGUCUGGAUACUAUGAAGGCUUCAAAGAUUAUAAGAAGUGUUUGCCUGUCUGAUCCCCAUGGUGUGCCUGAGAAGACCCGGAUUAAAUUAAUGUAAUAAAUACACCUGUCAGUCACCUCCGCAAUGUGCUCACCGAAUGCAAUGGCAUGGUCGAAAAUAACUCCCAGAAAUUUGACCGACUCGUUAGCUAGCAGAGCGACUGUGGCGUGACGUCACUAAUGAUAGGUUUAGCGUUUAUCUAUCUAUAUCUAUCCGUGUGUGCGUGUGUGUGUGUGAAUACAUUUAAUUAAUAAAAUUGUAAAGCGCUCGCUUGAUGCGCAGUCCGUCUAGGAUCGAUCUCCGUUAAUGGGGCCAAUUGGACGAUUUCUCGUUCCCAUUUACCUUUGUUUCACACCCCAUAGCCGAGGUAUUUUUCGUGCUGGGGUGUUAUUAAACAUUAUUUUCUCGUUCCAGCUAGUGCUCUACAACUGGUGUAACAAAGGUUUUGGUAUGUGUGGGAUACUGCAUACAAAAUACACCUUGCUGCUAAUCGGAAAGAGUAGCCCAUUGCGUGGCGGCAGCUGCUUUUCUCUAUUAAUAUCUGCGUGGUUCUUAAACAUAUGGUUGAUGCCAUAUAACCGUAAUUAAAAUGUGUCGAGUGCGUCGCUGAAAAAAUAUAGUGGGUUUCCUCUUUAUGACUGUAUCAAAAUGGCUUUAUAUGUUGUACUUAGUCUGUGAAAUAUGUCAAGGGUUGUACCCGAUUCUAAUUGAAUGAAUUUUGUGCGACAGUAAACCCAGUAUUAAAGCCUGAACAUGAUGAAUUACAGAAUAGGUGUGCCAUUAAUAUAUUAUGAAAUAACUUUUGUUCGUGGUGAUAUAAUAUUCGUGGAUUAGUACAGACAACAAAUGUAAAAACACAAUGAAAAUAUGUAUACAUGUAAUUCGAACUUUUUUUUCUUUCUUUUUAAACAGUAAAUUAUUAUUUAUGUAAGAAUUAUUUCCCUUUAUGAUUUUUUCUGUGAUGUGUAUGCACGUUUUUUUUUAAUAAUAUAUUUAAUAGACGAUGUGUUGUAUUCGUUACAUCUUCUGAUCGCUUAUCUCUUCACUUGGUGUAUUGACUGAAUAAAACUUGGUCUCUGUA